AUGAUCAUUGGUGGAGCCAACCAGGUGUCAAUCAACAAUGUGAAGUUCACAUCCACCCAUAAGCUGAAGCAAUCAAUCACCCAUAAACAGUAUGACGACCUCGAAGAAAGUAUCAUCUUCGAUAAGUCGGAUACCCACGGUUUGACCUUUCCUCACUAUGAUGAUCUUGUUAUUACUUUGCGUAUUUCAAAUACCGAUAUGAAAAGGAUUAUGGUAGAUGAUGGAAGUGGCUCAUGCAUUAUCCACCCUCGAGUCCUCACACAAAUGAGGCUUGAAGAUAAGAUAGAGCCAAGCUGCAUCACACUAAGAGGUUUUAACAAUGCAGUUGAGCGAACUUCCAGAGAAAUCAUACUACCCGUUCUGGCCAGUGGUAUCACCUUGGAAACAACGUUCCACAUUAUAGAUCAAGAUACGCCGUACAACGCCAUCAUACGACGGUCAUGGAUACACGAUAUGAAGGUCGUCCCAUCCAGCUUAUAUCAGGUCGUCAAGUUUCCUACCCUAUGGGGAGUAUUCAGCAUCCGCGGCGAGCAGCGCACAACCCAAGAAUUAUACUGUAUCGCCAAGACUGCACCUACACUCAACAGUUAA